AUGACAACUGAUGAUGAUGAUGAUAAUGACAAUAAUGAUGCUGAUGUUGAUGAUGAUGAUGAAAAUAACAAUGAUGAUAAUGACAAACAGCUAAAUAAUUCAUUAGGAAUAUGGGAAUUUUGUCAUAAUAAGAUCAGAAUGAAUGAUGAUAAUGAUGUUGAUGAUGAUAGUGAUAAUGAUAAUUUACAAUGA